AUUACAAUAAUAAAAGCCCUGGUAUUUCUGUUUCUUUCCUACUUUCUCUCUCCCCUUUAUGGAAUACUCAGUUUCAAUUUUUUCUUCUAAUUUGCCGUCCACUGUUUCUCUAAGAUCUCAGGCAAAAUUCCAUUUAUUCAGGAUGACUUCAUAAAACAGUCUUUUUGUUUUCUAGGAGAGACUAGUUUGAGUUUUUAUAUCUGCAAAAAUCUGCCUAUCAUUUCUGUCAAAUUAAAGGAAAUAGAGGCAGAAAGAUUGGAUUUUUACCGGUCACUGCCGCGGCGGUAUGGCCGGGAUGGAAGGAAGCUUUAUUCCAGAAGAAGACUAUUUUCAGAUUGGCACUUCAUGGUUUCCAAUUACUCCAGUAAAACCAGGGUUGUCAUCAAUCUAUGGGAAUGGACAACAAAAUCAGCCAACAGGUCAAGUUAAUGAGGUGGAAUCACUGGGAAUUUCACAAGGACGAGAUCUAAGCAAUGUGAAACAGAUAGAAUUGAGGAAUUUCAUGCAGGAACCUCAUGCUCAAAGUGUGGCUGCAUGUUGUGGUUCGGCAAAUUCAGCAGCUGUGACCGGGUAUUUUGAUGCUUGGGAAUCAGCAGCGGGGAUAGAGUCCAAAAUGUACGAGGAUAACAAUAUUAAAAUGUGCAGUAACAUGCCUACUGAUGAUGUGGACGAAUGGAGCAAUGUGUCUUUUGGACAUCUAUUGGCACUAGCACAUGCUGCUGGUGGCUCCACAGUCACUACUGAAAAUGCAAAUGUUGAAACUAAUUUUACCUUGAAUGGCUCUUUCAAUUCGCUCGUCAGUUUACAGGAUGCAGAUGGAAGCUCUACUUGCUCGAGAUUCCUUUUUAACCUGAAUUCACCAACUAGAAUGACAGAUGAGGUGUUGAGCAGCAACAAUGCAUUCCAGUUUGAACCACUAACACCAGCUCAGAUCAAGAACAAAGGACCAACAUCUGAUGCGCCAAGGCUAGACAUUAACGAGACGCCAAUAGCAAGGGGUGAACGGUCGAGAAAAGAUACAUUAAAGAGAGCAGAACCAAAUUAUCCCCAACAGAACAAAGAGCAGAUAGGGCUAGCCUUGAAUAUAUCAGGAUUGCAGGAGAAUCGCAUCAUUGGCAGGGCGGAUGAACAGGAUGCUGAACAGAAUAAUACACCACAGCAGAAACGAAGGAAGAAGCACCGGCCUAAAGUGGUAAUAGAAGGCGAGCAAAAAAGGACUCCUAAACCAAAAACUCCGCAGCAGCAUAGUUCAAAAGAAACAAAAGUAGAAAGGAGGAAAUAUGUUCGACGAAACAAGAUUGAGGAACCUCCAGGCAUACCCUCACCCAUGGUAAACGAUAUGACUAGACUUGAGGGCCAUCUUCCUAGUUCUGCAAAAAUCCAAAGAGCAAAGAGGACCAAUUAUAGAAGAAAUCGAGUCAAGAAGCUCGCACCCAAUCCUGCCGAAGAGGGAACCGUUGAUCCACCAAAUGGUUCUCGUCCAAGAAGACUCCCCAGGAGAUCAUUGAAUUUUGAUUCUGAAAGUAGAUUAAGUGAUGAAAACUCAUCUCACUGGCCAUGUUCAACUGUGGAGGACUUGCAUGAGAAUCAGUCCAAUUCUAGUGUGCAUCCUGGAAAAGGUAGUGAAGCGACAACAGCAAAUAGAGAACUGGACUCAGUUUAUGACAUCACAUGUUUGAAUCCGGAGCUGAAAACUUGCCAAAAACAUAAUGAAAUGCCAUUCACUGAAACUCUGAAGAAGAUUGGCCAGAAUCAUGGUAAAUUUACCAUGAGCAUUCAAAAUGGAAUCUCAAGAGGGAAGUGUAAAAUCGUUUUCUCAGAUGAAACUCAUGAUAAACAGGCAAGCAUUUUAGAAAUGACACCAAAGAGCCCGAAUAGUUCCAACUGCAGCAGGAGCACAUGCUUAAUCCAGGAAACACCAGAAAGAACCUUGAAAAGACGAUCUUCUUUUAGAACUGAUGAAGCAAACCUUUACAGCACAAACGUCAGGGGAACUAAUCUCAACUCCAUGCAGGUGUAUCAUGCAAUUCUCCCAGCAAAUGAACCUUAUGCUCUGAGUACCCAACAGAUGCUUUUUCCUGCAAUUUACAAGAAAAAGAGGACAGAGAAGGGUCAUCCCUCAGCAACAUCUAGCACAAAGCCUUUUACAUGUGAAAUUAACGCUCUGUCUUUGUCUCGGAGCAACAUUGGCCUUUCCCAAGCUAGUACGUCUGCAAAUGAUAAAGCUAAUAAUUUAAUGCAGAAUCUGGAACUUGUACCGGCAUUUGUGGAAGCAGAGGGGUUAAGAAGAAAAAGAUCAAAAAGCAUAAGUAAAGUACGUGACCUAGCAUCACUACUUGAAAUUUGUAAGCACUUUCCUACUCCUCCAGUCAAAGAAGCAGUGGUAUCUCAAUUUGGAGAAAGAUCUGAAAACUCAGAUCAGCCUAAUACAUGCAUCGAAGCCCUGGUUGCCGACACCCGUGCAAUAGUGAAAACGAAAAAGCGGUCAAAGAGAAGCAUCCUAGUCAGUUCCAGACCACAGUUCAUAACAAAUGCAAGAGGUUCCAUACCAGCUAUAACUUGGAAAUCUCCAGUUGAUGAAAUUGUCGAUCGUUUACAACAUCUCGAUUUAAAUAGAGAAGACAUCCAUCAAUACCAAUAUGCGGAAAAUGCCCUUGUUAUUUAUCAAAGAGAUGGAAGUCUUAUCCCUUUUGCAGGAUCAUUUGUUAGAAAACAACGACCGCGCCCCAAGGUCGACCUUGAUGAUGAGACCACUAGGGUAUGGAAGCUCUUGCUGCAAGACAUAAAUAGUGAAGGCAUUGAUGGUACAGAUGAAGACAAGGCAAAAUGGUGGGAAUCAGAACGUGAAGUGUUUCAUGGACGAGUAGAUUCAUUUGUGGCACGGAUGCGUCUUGUUCAAGGAGACAGGCGCUUCUCUCCUUGGAAGGGAUCUGUUGUAGACUCUGUAGUUGGAGUUUUCCUGACACAGAAUGUCUCAGACCACCUUUCUAGCUCUGCAUUCAUGACACUUGCUGCUCAGUUCCCCCUCAAGUCGGACAUUGGAGUGGAAAAGAAUGAAGAGGGAACAGGAAUCAUAAUUGAAGAACCCGAAGUGAGUGCCGUGGAUCCUGAUGAUACAAUUGGAUGGCAUGACGAUCAAUCAACUCAACCAACUUUCGGUCAGGAGUUUUUCAGUAUCUCCAGUGCAGAGUCAGACGAUGAAAAAACAGCUGUUCACAGCAGUGAAUCAAGUGAAAAUAGCUCUAACUGCACUAGUUCAACUGAAAAUUCUAUACUGCAGAAACCUGGUUCUUCUAGAGAAAGUUCAUGUGUGCAUCAUGAAUCAACAGCGUAUGGAUCGGGUACAGCCAAUGCAGCAACAAGUUUUUUGGGGGGUCAAGUAGAACAAGACGAUUUGCUCUCUUCACAGAAUUCUGUACUUUCUUCUCAAGACUCAGCAAAUUGUUCAGUCGUUCAAACUUCUGAAGGAACUGAAUCAAGCAACUUUUCAGGCUCCUCUUCGUUUUUGAAAUUUUUACAGAUGGCAGGGACUUCGAAAUCACAUGGAGUCCAGGAUCAGAAAAAUGAAAAUAUCUUACUGGAGAAGGAUACAAAUGGCCAACUAAAACAUGUGACAUGUUGUUCACACUUUCAGAAGGAUGAGGAGAGUAACAGAGGCUCAAUAGAAAAUGACUGUCCUUGCAAUUUCGGCUCAUGUACAAUGUCUAGUUCAGGGGCGCAACAAACCAAGUGCAAAGAAAAUUUGGAAGCACCUGCAAACUUUUCAGACCUCUCUAGGGAACUCGCAGCCCACGAACAAAGUAAAUUACCAGCAGAACCUGCAAAUCAAGCACUGAAUGGAGAGAUGAGUGAGACUUACAUCUCACGCAAUAACCAUCAAAAUAAGGUGUACGCAGCAACAAUGGAGAGCAACUACAAUAUGCAGCGAGUAGCAGAAGCACCAACAUUUUCAGAAGCCAUUGUAGAAGUCAGAGAGGAGGUCAGCGUAGUUGUUGAUUCAAGUAAGCCUGAGCACACUGCUUUGAGGUCAAACUCAAACAACGGAAAAAAUCAUGCUGGUAGCACAUUAGCAAAUCACAAUACUAAGGCUAAAAAGGAACACCCAGGAAAAGAGAAACAGAAGGUUGACUGGGACAGUUUAAGGUUACAAGCUCAGAGCAAUGGUAAGAAAAGAGAAAGGACAGCAAACACUAUGGACUCACUGGACUGGGAUGCAGUGAGGUGUGCCGAUGUCAAUGAGAUAGCCCAUACCAUUAGAGAACGGGGAAUGAACAAUAUGCUAGCGGAGAGAAUCAAGGAUUUCCUCAAUCGGAUUUUUAGAGAACAUGGAAGUAUCGAUCUUGAAUGGCUGAGAGAUGUUCCCCCAGACAAAGCAAAAGAGUAUCUAUUAAGCAUCAGGGGUUUGGGCCUGAAGAGCGUAGAGUGUGUGCGACUUUUAACUCUUCACAACCUUGCUUUCCCUGUCGACACAAAUGUUGGGCGAAUAGCUGUUAGACUAGGAUGGGUGCCCCUGCAGCCACUGCCGGAGUCGCUACAAUUGCACCUUCUGGAACUGUACCCAGUGUUGGAGUCAAUUCAAAAGUACCUCUGGCCACGUCUCUGCAAGCUUGAUCAAAGAACACUAUAUGAGUUGCAUUACCAUAUGAUCACUUUUGGAAAGGUCUUCUGUACAAAAAGCAAACCCAACUGCAACGCAUGUCCACUGAGAGGAGAAUGCAGACACUUUGCAAGUGCUUUUGCAAGCGCAAGGCUUGCCCUGCCAGCACCAGAAGAGAAAGGUAUUGUAAGUGCAACAGAGAACAAAGCAAGUGGCCAGAAUCCACUCCAGAAUUUCAACCAACAGCCGCUGCCCUUAACCCAGGCUAAUCAAAUACCAUUACAGCAUCCCAAAUUGAUCAACUCUGCACCUAUUAUUGAGGUGCCAGCAACACCAGAUCCCAUUGUCGAAGAGCCUUCCACACCUGAGCCAGAGCAAGUAGCUCCUGAAAUUGACAUUGAAGAUGCUUACUUUGAAGAUCCUAAUGAAAUUCCAACAAUUCAAUUGAAUAUGGCAGAAUUCACUCAGAAUGUGAAGAACUUUGUGCAAAACAAUAUGGAGCUUCAACAGGUCGAAAUGUCAAACGCCUUGGUAGCUUUAACUCCAGAAGCUGCUUCAAUUCCCCCACCUAAACUUAAGCAUAUAAGCCGGCUCAGAACUGAACAUCAAGUAUAUGAACUUCCGGAUUCUCAUCCUCUUCUGGAAGGGUUUGAGAAAAGAGAACCAGAUGAUCCAUCCUCCUAUCUGCUUGCAAUAUGGACACCUGGUGAAACGUCGGACUCUAUUCAGCCACCGGGAAGACAGUGCAACUCCCAAGAAACUGGUAGACUAUGUAAUGACGAAACAUGUUUUGCAUGCAACAGCAUACGUGAAGCACAUGCUCAAACAGUUAGAGGGACAAUUCUGAUACCAUGUAGAACGGCUAUGAGAGGAAGCUUUCCGCUCAAUGGUACAUACUUUCAGGUUAACGAGGUGUUUGCGGACCAUGACUCCAGCCUCAAGCCAAUUGACGUCCCAAGAAGUUGGCUAUGGAAUCUGCCGCGACGGACAGUUUACUUCGGAACCUCUAUACCAACAAUAUUCAAAGGCCUAACCACAGAAAGUAUCCAACAUUGCUUUUGGAGAGGGUUUGUUUGUGUGAGGGGUUUUGACAAGAAGACACGCGCCCCAAGACCACUGAUGGCACGGUUGCACUUUCCAGCAAGCAAGUUGAACAGGACAAGAGGAAAGCCAGAUGAAAACUAAGGAGCAGUAUCCUACUGAAUCAGCAAGGCAGCCGUCCAGGCAGAACAAGCUAACAUCAUUCAGUACCAUGAUGUUUUAAACCUUAGGAAAGAAAGAAGAUAGGCAUUGUCUUAACUUGUAAGUAAAUUGUAGCAUGAGAAAAUGAGGUGAUAAUUGAUUUACUUGUAGCUGAUACUUAGGAUGAUCAUUUCAGUUAGCGACGAUCAUUGAAUUCUUCAAUAGGCUAGUGCCCCUUUAGCCAACUGAGAUCUCAAAUUUAGUUGGUUCUCAUUCUUUUCUAAGGAUAGAAAAGAAAUAAAAAUUGAUACUCUUCCUGGCAA